ACUCAGAGGUCAAGGAAGAGACGAUAGGGUUAGAAUUUAGGAGCUGAUUUGUGGACUAUUCGACUGCAGACUAUUCGAAAUUGCUCCCUUCUGCAGACUGCUCCUACUGGCCACUAGAUGAACUGCAGUUUGAGGCACUUCAAGGCACUUUGCGUCCCGAACACGGGCUCUUCCCCAGAGUUUGCCGCUUGGUUUUAACUUAACUUCUAUCCCACCGAGCCGGUGGGAACCAACGGAUAAAAACGAUGUCCGUUAUUGAAACCGGUUGCUUUAUGUAUUUCGCUUUUGGAAGUAAUUUGUUGAAGGAAAGAUUGCAACUUGCCAACCCAACGGCAAUAUUCUGCACUACCGGGCGACUCAAGGACUAUAAGUUGAAUUUUGGCAUAUACAAGAAAUAUGUGGACAACAGUUGGCACGGUGGAGUGGCCACCAUUGAGUCCUGUCGAGGGGCUGAGGUGUGGGGAGUCAUUUGGACUUUGAGCAACGAAAACCUCCCGAGCCUGGACAAACAGGAAGGGGUGAAUGAAAGCAGUUACUCUCCUCUUGAACUUUCAGUAGAGACUGACAAAGGACUCCUACUGUGCAGGACUUAUCAGAUGAACAAUUUCCAAGCCUGCCCUCCCUCGCCUCAGUACAAACAGGUGGUGUGUUUGGGAGCCGAACAGAACGGACUCCCGGUGGAUUACCUGAAGAGGCUGCAGGCCAUUGAAACCAACAACUACAGCGGCCCCUCCUUACUUGAUCAAAUCACAACAGUCACAAAGUAGAUUCAACAUUAACAUUCUUCAAAUUUGGAUCAGUUUACAAAUCUUCAUCAUGUUUGUAGCAGAAUUGAAAACAAGAUAAAGUACAGAAUAUAUUUUAGGUUCCUAACUUCUCUUACUAGACGUUUAUGGAGCUUUUGACCUGUAUUUCCCAGUCUUUAUUAUUACCAUAACCAUGUAAGUAAUAAUGAUAUCAUGUAAAUUAAGGAUUAUAAGGUAUGACAUUGCAAAAACUGUGGGAUUUAAUUAACCGACUGUGGAAAAAGUUAGUAACUGCACCCUGAGGUUUAGGAACUAAUAUUUCUAAGGUCAAAACUGAAUCAGAUAUGAAAAUGAAUCGGCACCACAAUGUGUCCAGAAGGUGGUGAUGUAUUCACUCUAGUAUCCUUAUCUUUUAUUUCCAGCUGUUGUUUUUAAACAAUUACUGUAUUUUAUUCAAUCAUGGAAGAUAACAUGUACAAAACUGGUUAUAUUUCAGGAUUACUCAGGGUAAUAUUAAAGACUGAGUAACAAACACCC